GAGACUCGGUAAUAGAGGUUGUGACUUAUCGUCUCUUAUCUUCCUCGUCAUAUGCAAUAUUCUAAAUAAUAUGCUUCAAUGCCGAGAUAAGGCGGGGCAAUCCGGGCCUGCGCCACAAAUGUGACGACAACGCGCGGCUGAAAAGCUUAUGUUUCCAGCAAUUCCAACGACGUCCAAUGAAGUCUAACUUAUUCCUACCUCCUAAACCAUCGAUACCCAGGCACCAGUCAAUUGCAUUUCGCGUCGUUACGUACCACCCGCCUCUCUCACCUCCCUUCUACCUAUAAGUAAAAAGUAAAGAGAUACCCAUCGCAGUCAAGAAACAGAACAUACAUCAAUUCACUUUUACCAAGACACUUAACAAGUCACUUAUACCGAUUUCCCGUAUUCUUAUCAAUUCGAUACACGCACGGUGACGCCUACUUUACACCUCAACUUAUAACAAUCUUCACCGACCCGACACACGUUCCUCUGUCUUGCCUGUGUGAUCGAAUAUCUCAAUAUACUAAGAGAGCCGGAGCCCAAUCUCCGAGAUGCCUCCUCCACCACCUCCGCCGCCGCCGCUCCCGGGUAUGGGAGGGCCACCGCCUCCUCCCCCUCCACCUGGUGGACUACCACGACCACCGGCUGUCGGUGCUGGCCGAGGUGCCUUACUUAGCGAUAUAUCGAAAGGGAAGGCUCUGAGAAAGGCCGUUACGAAUGAUCGUUCUGCUCCCCAAGUAGCGAAGGCGUCAGGGGGAGGAGGAGGUGGAAUGCCCACCGGAGGAGCGCCACCUGUUCCUAUAAUACCCAGGGGGGCUCCUGCUGUUCCGGGCGGCCUCGCACCACCGGUCCCGGCAAAUAGAGCGAGUAGCAAUGACCAUAAUAGUGGCGGAGUAGCAGAGCCCGCGCCGCAGUUAGCAGGUUUAUUUGCGGGCGGCAUGCCAAAGCUAAAGAAACGAGGUGGAGGUGUAGAUACAGGAGCAAACCAAACCGCAUCUUAUCUAAACGACACAGAGCCGUCAGGCCCGAAAGCGCCGCUAGUACCAAGACCGCCUGUCGGAUCCGCCCCCGCUGUACCAACACCUCCAGCUCGUGCCGUGCCCACACCUCCGACUACGGCCUCUCAUGCUUCAGUAGCGACUCUAAGGAAGGCGAUCAGUGAUGUCCCAAGACCGAAUUCGAUGGCAUCAGCAGCAUCCUCGAAAGGACCCCCGCCGCCGAUAGGGAAGAAGCCGCCUCCUCCGCCCGGGUCCAGGAAACCCUCAACCGCACCAUCUCAUCCUCCCCCCUUACCGAGCUCACAUGCGCCGCCGCCUCCCCCAUCAUCUGCUCCAGCGCCGCCGGCACCUCCACCUCCACCACCAACGUCCGCGCCAGCGCCACCACCUCCGCCGCCAGUAUCAGCACCCGCACCCCCGCCACCUCCUCCAGCCGCGGCUCCCAGACCACCCCCUACUACGACGCGAUCACAACCUCCUCCCCCCCCGCCGUCAGCACCGCCAUCUAGCUCAACAUCACCAAGCAUCGCAGUCCAAGCAGCGAUGCGUGCAACAACAACAGGAGGCCGUUCUUCUUCUCCUACCGGCGUACUACCACCCCUCCCUCCGUCUUCCGCGCCGACACCACCUCCCGUAGCGCGAGAUCCACCUUCAAAUCGCCAGCGCGCCAGCUCGAAUCUCCGCUCGAUGCUAGACCCGAGCACAUACACGCUAGUCCCCAACGGCACCAGCAAGAGCCCGAGCCCUACUCCCACGGGCAGCGCGAUACCCAGCCCGCGCGAGGCGAGCAGAGGCGAGCGGUACAUCGUCCACGACAGCCGCUGGCGUUUCAAAGACGAGAGCGAAUUCCCCAAGCCCCGACCCUUCCAAGGCGGGCCCCGUAAGUACCGAGCCGGUCGCGGGAGCAGCGUGCCGCUGGACCUAAGUGCGCUCUAGGGGAGCAGUCGUGGUCAAGGUAUGGUCAUGCUAAGGGGAAGAAGAGAAAUUGGAAUAGGGGCAGAGAGGAAAACAGAAGAUGCAGGGGGCAUGAAGGAAAAGACCAAGAAAGAAGGGUAUGACUGGUUGAGUAUCCGCUGGUGAAGCUUUAGCUUAGGAGGUAUGUACCCAAUUACGGGCCCAAGCUAGGUCUAUGUAGGAAAUAGAAACACGGAGGAGGAUUAUUCGAGGUCUGGGGAAAAGGGGAAGGAUGGGAGGGGAUAUGCCUUGUACAUGUGUACUCUACUAAAGGAAUACCCUAUUAGUAGCGCAAGUGUUCAUCCUCCAGUCUCUACUAGCCUACAGGUAAUAAUAUCCCCCAGGCUAUGUCAUAAUUCAAUUGGAGCAAGGAACUAAUUAGAAGCUGGCGACACUGAGCAUUAUAGAAAUUUAUAAGCA